AUGAACUCCGACUUCCUGGAACGAUCUCUUAGCAACCUGGCUGCCGAAGUGCUGUGCUCCUCUCGGCUCCACCAGCCGCCAGACAUCAUCGGGAUUGCAGACGAGGCAGGGCAUCGAGGAGAGCAGCCACUAGUCCUGAGCAUUGGCUUUCGCCGAUCGUUUUUGGACGAGGAGGUUCUGAAAGAGCAGGCCACCGCGGAAAGCCGGAGCGACCUCCUCAAGGCUGCUGAGAAUGAGUACAAGUUGAUCAGAGAGAUCGAGGCCACAGCCUCUGGCGCCAGUGUGCUCAAGCAGCAUGCCUUGCACACCACGUUCCAGGUGUACCGGGAAAUUAUGGCCACAAUGCAGAUGCACAAUUUCAAGGAUUGCCAGGCAAUUGCAGACAUGGUGCAAGCAUGGUUCCCUCGGUGGGGGCAAUCGGCCAACUUGGAGCAGAUCUUUCGAGAGAUGGAGCAAGCUACGAAACGUGUGGGCCAUGUGGAAAACUCGAUGCCGAACCUCACUUGUGUGGCUGUGAGGGCCAUGAGCAGGAGAGUUUGCUGUGGCGACGAGUGUCCGGCGACACCGACUUUGUCUGAGAAGGACUGGGAGGGCCAGGUGGUUCGCAACCUCAAGGACAAGAUGUGGCAUCCAACUUCAGCUCCCCCGUGCAAGAACGUGCGAAUCGAUGAUAUCUUGAAGCCCUUUACGACCAUGUCCGCCUACUCUCAAACACACCACAACUUCAACUGUGUUUUGGGAUGGAAGGAGGCGAAAAGGACCGGCACGAGCCCCAUCGAUUCGAUGAGCAGUAUGUGGGCUGUCCGCCUCAAAGAGAUUGUCUGGAGCUUUAAGGGCCCGCUGCCAGCUGAGACUGUGGACGAGAGGAGAAUGCCGGCGAGCACGCACAAGGCGACGGAGACCCGGGAGCUUUUUGAUGGGGAGGCAGACAGCACGCGGGCGCUGAGCAUGGACAGUGGGAGCAUGUUCACGCACCGCCUGUGUGGACUUCAUGUCGAAAUCUUCUGCUACACUUUGCACGUCUGCCCGACUUCGAUGGAAAGCAAGUGCGGUGGGAUCCUCUUUCGCAGAGGGCCGAAGCCGUAUUCGUUGCUCGUGCACCUCUUCGUGUCGGAGAACAUCAUGAGCAUCACAUCCGCCGCCCUCUCCGACAUCCUCACCGCCUACAGCAUCCGUAUGCCCAAGAACAGCAGCAAGCAUGCAAAGAUCACAAAGCUGAUGACACUGGACGAAGUCAAGCAGGCGAUCGGUGAUGCUGGUGUGGCACGAAUGGAAGCGAAGCUGCUCGAGAUCGACAAGAACCGGCAUUCAAAGAAGAAAGCAGCAGAAGCCGAAGGCGAUGAUGUCACCAUGCACGACGAGACCGCGGCCGAGAAAGCCAAUGAUGAAGAUCCGGCCGUGGCGGCCUGCUGCCAGCUGCUGGAGGAGCUGGGUGAUGAGUCCGAGGCAGAAGCGGAGGAAAAGAAGGAGGAGAAGAAAGAGGAAGCAAGCGAGGAGCAGACGACCCCAGCUGAGACCACUCGUGCUUCGAAAGCUUUGCUCAGCAAGACGCAGACGGUGCCACAGUGGCUGCUCGACAAGUUUCCGAUUCCUACUGGUGGUUGGAUGCACCAUACGCAGUUUCGGGACAGCUCGCUGCCACUCUUUCAAGCAAAGCUACAGAAUGGCAAGAUUUUCGAAGGGCAGCGACAAAGCUGCAGUUUGAGUGUGCUGCGUUUUCUUGAUUCAUACCGGAACAGUGUGAGCGCCUCUUACAAUCCCGAUUUGAAUGUCGAGCAGCUGAAUGAGAGAAUCACCUUGGCGAAAACCAUGCCUGCGAGGGAAAGGAGUAUGUCGCAAGCCUAUUUCUUCGCCUGGAGCUGGCUGAAUAGAGCUUUGAAUCCAGUGCGUUUGGGAGACAAGAGGAAACGAAAGCGAACGGAGGCAUGA